UUGCUUUGAGAAUUCCCCUUUCACUCUUUUACUUUCUGGUUGGUUUGUUGGUUUGUUUAAAAAAUAUGUGCUUCCCUUGGUUUGUUGGCCAGUGGUCUCUUCUGUUAGACUGUUUCAAAUUUACUUAUUUAGAUGCAUAGUACUCCAUUUUAUGCCUUGCAGUUCCUUCUACUCAAAUAUGAAUUUGAAUAGGGUUUGUAGUUCGCACUUGUGAUACUGUUUGCACUUGUGAUACUAAUCUGCAAGUCUAAGUAUUGAUUUUUCUUUCCCUGACAAAAUAUAACUUUUGACUCACAUCACACAAUUAUCAGUUGAGAAGUCUCUGACCUGUUUGAUUUCAUUUCCUGGUUUUCAUUUCCUGUUUGAUUUUCAUUUCCUGGUUUUCAUUCAUGAUUUCCUGGUUUUCAUUUCCUGUUUGAUUUUCAUUUCCUGGUUUUCAUUCAUGAUUUCCUGGUUUUCAUUACCAAUUUUGACAACAAUCCUCACCAAAACAUCUUCUGUGGCUGCUCUGUUUGGCUACAUCUUUUUCAUUGAUUUCAUGAACAACAUGGGUCAUUGCAACUUUGAGUUCUUUCCUCCCAAACUCUUCUCAUUCUUUCCCCAAUUGAAGUAUCUCAUAUACACGCCAUCGUAUCACUCACUGCAUCACACAAAAUUUAGGACUAAUUACUCACUUUUCAUGCCUAUGUAUGAUUACUUGUACGGUACUGUAGAUAAAUCCACAGAUGCUACAUAUGAAGCUUCCUUAAAGAAACCAAAGGAGUCACCAGAUGUGGUUCAUUUAACACAUUUAACCACACUUGAUUCCAUUUAUCAAUUGCGCUUAGGAUUUUCUUCCUUAGCCUCCAAUCCUCAAACAUCUAUAUGGUAUCUACCUUUACUAUGGCCCUUUACAAUGUGUUCUAUCUUUAUCACUUGGAUUACUGGGACUGCAUUUCUUUUAGAAAGCAACACCUUCAAGGAUCUCAAGCUGCACUGUUGGCUUAUACCAAGAUUUAAAACACAAUAUUUCUCAAAAAAGCAGAGCAUAACAUUGAACAACUUGAUUGAAGAUGCAAUUAUAGAGGCUGAUUUCCUGGCAAACAUGAAGUCACGUAUUGUAGCUUCCACAGUGAAAUAAUUUGGACGUGAUUCCAAACAUAGCCUUAGACGUGAAUGAAAAUAAGUCUAUUCACUGCUGGAAUGUUUUCAAAUUAGGAUGAUAUUUUUAAAUUACUUAAUAUGUUUUUAAUGUGCAGGCUGCUGAAAUUAUACUACAGCUUUCUUGUACCUGAUGUUGAAAUAUCAUUGUUUAAUGACUUUGGCAGCUAUGCAGAACAGCUGAAGAACACCCUGAAAUUCUUUUCCUGAAAGUAAAUUUUGAUGAGAAUAAGCCAAUGUGCAAAAGUCUAAAUGUUGCAUGAUUUCUCUUUAAUUAAUUGCUUAUAUUAACUUAGGCAUAACUUAAACAUGAUUUCUGGUUCAUUUUUCUGCGUUAUUCUGCAUUUCUGGUUCAUUUUUGUGCUUGGUUCUGUAAAUUGUUGCUUUCUAACUAUCCCAAAUGCAUUGAUGCAUAACCUAGUCCCCUAUAUCCUGGUGAAUUUCGAUAAACAACAAAUCGUAGUUUGGAGGGGGAAGGAUUGUAAGCACUUGAAAGGUAUGGAUGUUGUUAAUUUAAUUAUACUUUGUUAUUAAUAUGGAUGUUGUUGAGUU